AUGGCUUUCGAAUCUCUUGCGUUGUUGAGCACGGCGUUGAGUCGUUUGGAGGUGGGAAAGUUGGCUGUUUCGAAGUUCGGCUCUUCGCCUGAACUGUUGCAUCCGUUUUCAGAACCGUUCACUUCGUCUGCGGGAUCUCUUGUCUUGGACUCAUUGACCUUCCAGCAGACGAAAACUGAUCUUAUUCCGCUGUUGCACUUUGCUAGUUCAUAUUUUCAAACGAGCCAGGCACUGUUCACUGCUCCGUCAUCCGGUUUCGAACUUCCGGCACAACUUCUUUUGAUUGUGUCGGACGGUGUGGGAAUUUUUUCAGAAGGUAUUAACAAAUUGAAGCUUGCCGUGCAGCACGCUGUCAGGUCAAACGUGUUCAUCGUAUUCAUUAUUAUUGACGAUGCCAGCUCGAAGAAUUCGAUACUGAACGUGAAGGUGCCCAUGUUUCGUCCGGGCUCAACGGACUUAGAAAUAAGGCCGUACAUGGAGUUCUUUCCGUUUCCUUUCUACAUCUUCCUCAGGAAAAUAUCCGCACUGCCGGCUGUAAUGGCCGAAGCCCUGCGACAGUGGUUCACGGUUAUCACUAACUGA